UGUGAACUGGUGUUAUAGAGAGAUCGAGUCUCUGAACGGACGGACCAGGCAGCAACGAAAAUACACACAGGGGAAAUAUAUCAGUCUACUAGCCUACUGCAAGCACUUGGGAGAGAGAGUGCACCACAGAGACUGCAGGUUAGGUUGAAGAAGAACAGUGAUUAAGAGGAGGAUAGAUUCUUGAAGAGGAGAGUGGAGUGGACUGGGUCUUCUCCGUUGUAAAUGUGCACGAGUUCGAGGCAUUCUGAUUGAGGAGAGAGGCGGGUCUUAUCCGCGUCUGGGGGGGAGGACCUUCGUGUCAGAUAACCAAUCAUGGAGAGGACGAGGACGAGGGCGGGUGCAGCAGUCUUCCUGAUGCUGAUCUUGGGUCACCUAGGCAAUGCUCUGGAGGUCCCACUAGACCCAAAAGUUCUGGAAGAAUUGGCGCAGCCGCCAACCAUAACUCAACAGUCCCCCAAGGAUUACAUCAUCGACCCUCGGGAGAACAUCGUCAUCCACUGUGAGGCCAAAGGGAAGCCACAUCCCAGCUUCUCGUGGACCAGGAACGGGAUCCACUUUGACAUUGACCAGGAUCCCAAGGUGACGAUGCGACCCCGGUCUGGUACCCUGGUGGUGGACAUCAGUGGGGAGAAGGCCGAGACGUACGAGGGGGUCUACCAAUGUACAGCCAGAAACAAACACGGGGCCGCAGUAUCCAACAAUAUUGUCAUCAGACAGUCCAGGUCCCCCUUGUGGUCAAAGGAGAGGAACGAGCCAAUCAGAGUUCAGGAGGGCGAGGCUCUAGUGCUACAUUGCCGGCCCCCUGCUGGCCUGCCCCCUCCUAUCAUCUUCUGGAUGGACGUCAACUUCCAGAGACUGCCUCAGAGCAGCCGUGUGUUCCAGGCGUUGAACGGAGACUUGUACUUCUCCAACGUUCUGAAGGAGGACUCGAGGAACGACUACAUCUGUUACGCCCGCUUCCCUCACACUCAGACCAUCCAGCAGAAACAACCCAUCACCCUCUUAGUGCUCAACCUGGAUGCAGUCAAUGAGACUGUUGCUGCUUUAUUCAAUGAAACUGAUUUUUUUAGUGACGGCUCCGUGGAGGAGAGGAAACCCACUUUCCUCAUCCCUUCUGGCUCCAGCAGCUCCAAGAUGGUGCUGAGAGGACAGGUCCUGGAGUUGGAGUGCAUCACUGAGGGACUUCCCACUCCAGAGGUCUCGUGGAGUAAGCUGAGUGGGGAGUUCCCUGACAAGCGCACCUCUAUCGUGACCUUCCAGAAGAUACUGCGUAUCGUGAACGUGUCCGAUGCCGACGCUGGCGAGUACCGCUGCACUGCCCACAACCGCUUGGCCUCCAUACACCACACCAUCCGUGUCACCGUCAAAGCGGCACCGUACUGGAUCACUACCCCCAGGAACCUGGUGCUGGCCCCUAGAGAGAAGGGUCAAUUGAUCUGUAGGGCCAGUGGUACUCCCAAACCCACCAUCAACUGGGCCAUGAAUGGCAUCCCCAUAGAGAAUUCACCUGAGGACUCCAAUAGGAAGGUGGAAGGCGACACCAUCAUCUUCGAGGAAGUCCAAACUGGAUCCAGUGCAGUCUACCAGUGCAACGCAUCCAAUGAAUAUGGAUAUCUGCUGUCCAAUGCCUUCGUCAACGUUCUCUCUGAAACACCCAGAGUAUUGACUCCAGCUAACCAGGUCUACCAGGUGAUCCGAAACAACCACGCCUUGCUGGACUGUUCCUCCUUCGGCUCGCCCAUCCCCAAAAUCACAUGGUUUAAGGACAGCCAGUCCAGCACCCUGGAAGGGGACCCCUACUUGCUGCAUGAAAACGGGACUCUGGAGAUAUAUGUGGCCCAGGCCUUCAACAGUGGGAAGUAUAUCUGUGUGGCCAGGAACACUCUGGGCAUCGCUGAGAACCACGUCUAUCUGGAGGUGAAAGAGCCAACUCGUAUCCUGAAGCAGCCGAAAUACAAGGUGGCCCAGAGAAACAUGAACGUGGUGUUUGAGUGUAAAGUAAAACACGAUCCCACCCUCAUCCCCAUCAUGAUCUGGCUGAAAGACAACGGAGAGCUGCCCGAUGACGAGAGAUUUCUGGUGGACUCUGACAGCUUGACCAUAACAGAUGUGACAGAGAACGACGCGGGAACUUACACCUGCAUAAUGAAUACUACUCUGGACCAUGACUCUGCCAGUGCUGAGCUCACUGUCGUCGAGGCAGCUCCUACUCCAGCUGUCAUCUAUGAACAACCAGACCCUCCUACUGACCUGGAGUUGACCGACAUGAAACCCAGGAGUGUCCAGCUCACCUGGAUACCUGGAGACGAACACAAAAGCCCUAUUCACAAAUUUGUGAUCCAGUACACAGACUCUCUCCACGAUCAUGGCCACUGGCACAACCUGACGCAUGUCCCGGGCAGCAAGACCACGGCCCACCUCGAACUGUCCCCUUACGUUCACUACUCCUUCAGAGUCCUGGCCCUGAACGCUGUGGGUCUCUCCGAUCCCUCCAACCCCUCCCACAUGUACAAGACCAAUCCUGCAGCUCCAGAUGAGAACCCCAGCGGAGUUAAAGGUUUUGGAACUGAACGUGACAAUCUUAUGAUAUUGUGGAAGCCACUGUCAGGCCUCCAGGCUAACGGUCCAGGCCUGCAGUACAAGGUGAUGUGGAGACAGAAGGAUGUGGACAAGAACUGGACGUCAGUGACCGUGGCCAACGUCUCCAAGUUCAUGGUCUCUGGGACUCCCACCUUCACACCAUACGAGGUCAAGGUUCAAGCCAUUAACAACAACGGGAUUGGCCCUGAUCCAGCUGUGGUCACUGGACACUCCGGAGAGGACUUGCCGGUGCAGGCUCCAGACAGUGUCCAGGUCCUAGUGUUGAACAGCACCCUGGCUGAGGUGCACUGGGAGCCUGUCCCACCGAAGACAGUACGGGGACACCUCAAGGGAUACAAGGUGUCUUACUGGCGUGAGAGGAGCCUCCACAAACACAACCCCCACCGUGUGGAGCAGCAGUUUCUGUCCUUCAGUGGGAACAAGAGUCAUGGCAUGCUCCCAGGCCUGCAGCCUUACAGCCUCUACCUGUUCAACAUCAGGGUUUACAAUGGCAAGGGGGAGGGCCCCGCCAGCUCCAACCUGCAGUUUGAGACCCCCGAAGGAGUUCCUGGGCCGCCAUCUUUCCUGAGGAUCACCAACUCUAACCUGAACAAUUUGACUCUGGAAUGGGGUCCUCCCAACGACCGCAACGGACACCUCACCGGCUACAUCCUCAAAUACCAGCAAGUCAACAACUCCAACGAGCUGGGUCCGAUUGAAGAGCUGGCCCUGCCGGCCAACAAGACCUCCGUCACGCUCCCCAACCUCAAGUACAGCACACGCUACAAGUUUUAUUUCAAUGCCAAAACAGGCCAGGGAGCAGGGCCCGUCAUUACAGAGGAAGCCAUCACUAUUAUGGACGAAGUCCUAAUGUAUCAGCCUUCAGUAGACGAGGUUGGAGGAGGGAACACCCGAACCCAAACCUCACCUCCCAUAGCAGGGUCUCCUCCACGCCACCCAUUCCACAAGGUGCAUCCAGCGGCUCCGGCAUUCGGGAACGUUAGCUCCUCCGUGGGAGAGGACGGAAUGCUUAUCAGUUGGGAGUACUGGGGAGCGGAAAAACAUGUUUAUGUAGAAUAUAUCAUUAAGAACGACAACACUCUCGGUGAAGAGGAUUGGCAGAAAGAGUAUGUAAAUGGAUCUCAGGCCUAUGUGCUGAAGGGCUUAAAGGAGGGCUUGUCCUAUAGGGUACGCGUGGUUGCCAAGGGUCACGACGACCAAGCGGUGCUCCACCAAUCAGAAGAGCUUUUGGUGACCGUUCCAGCUAUGCCAUCCAGACAGGCUGACAUCGCUACUCAGGGCUGGUUCAUCGGCCUGAUGUGUGCCAUCGCUCUCCUCAUCCUCGUCCUCCUCAUCAUCUGCUUCAUUAAGAGGAAUAAGGGAGGCAAAUACCCAGUGAAAGAAAAAGAGGAUGCUCACACAGACCCAGAGUUCCAGCCCAUGAAAGAGGAUGACUGUACUUUUGGGGAAUACAGUGACACUGAGGACCAUAAGCCGUUAAAAGGGAGCCGCACACCUUCUAACGGGACGGUGCACAGGGACAGCAGUGACGAAAGUUUAGUUGACUAUGCAGGUGGAGAUGGACAGUUCAACGAGGAUGGGUCUUUUAUUGGGCAGUACAGCGGAAAGAGCUCCAUCAGGGAAACUGCUGAGGCCCACUCCCCGGUUAACACAACCGCUAUGAACUCCUUUGUGUAGCCAGUCAACUGGUCAGCCAGGCCACUAGGUGGCGCUACAGUAUAUGCACCUUUUUUUGUGUAGCCAGGCCACUAGGCAGUGUUGCAGAUUCUUAUAUAUUCUUUGCGUAGCUAAUUAGACGUUUAUCCUCCCAGUCAAUAGGAGACACUGCGGUGACUGUUCCAUCCCCCCAUAUCACAGGGCAAUCACAUCAUUGUGUGGCUUAUCAUCAUCAUCAUCAUCAUCAUCAUCAUUACAUGCCCCACCCAUCUGCACCCAGAACCACCACUGAGAACCACCCUGCUGUCACAGACACAUAAGAUACACAUUGGAGAUACUAGAUACUCCUGGAGGACUACGAUUCUUAUACAGUGCAUGGAAAUCCUGAAAUUAUGUACAUACAUAUAUUAACAUAUUGAGAUUAACACUAAUUAGUAUAUUACACAGAAGAUAUUGUCUAUCUUGGACUACUAUGCGGUUCACAUUUGUAUCAUUUACCAUAUUGUUUUUACAGUCAAAGCGUUAUCUUGAUAUUAUUGUGUAUGUUAGAGGUACUUUUUGUCCCUCAGGGCCACCAUAAAGAGGCAUCAAUGUCUUUGUGGACCUAGUGGUGAAAUGAGUUACUAAAUGUAUGGCUAUUAUUCUAUGUAUUUUUGCAAGAUGGGCAGUUUGUACAGUUUAUACAGUUGUUGUUGCAGAAAGGUUGAAUUAACAGUCACAUAAUGAAAAGUUGAAUUUACAGUAACAAAGGUAAAGGUUGAAUUUACAGUAACAAAGGUAAAGGUUGAAUUUACAGUAACAAAGGGAAAGGUUGAAUUUAUAGUAACAUAGUGAAAGGUUGAAUUAACAGUCACAUAGUGAAAGGUUGAAUUUACAGUAACAAAGGUAAAGGUUGAAUUUACAGUAACAGAGGUAAAGGUUGAAUUUACAGUAACAAAGGUAAAGGUUGAAUUUACAGUAGCAAAGUUAAAGGUUGAAUUUAAGGUAACAAAGGUAAAGGUUGAAUUUACAGUAGCAAAGGUAAAAGUUGAAAUUACAGUAACAAAGGUAAAGGUUGAAUUUGCAGUAACAAAAGUAAAUGUUGAAUUUACAGUAACAAAGGUAAAGGUUGAAUUUACAGUAACAAAGGUAAAAGUUGAAUUUACAGUAACAAAUGUAAAGGUUGAAUUUACAGUAGCAAAGGUAAAUGUUGAAUUUACAGUAACAAAGGUAAAGGUUGAAUUUACAGUAACAAAAGUAAAGGUUGAAUUUACAGUGCAGGAUUUUGUACAGUAUGUAUAUGCAGACAGAGAGCUCCUAAAUGUAUUAUUAUUUUGCUGCGAAUGCAAAUGCUGAUGCUAUACACGCCCUCAUGACGUCAUCCUCAUGACCUUUGACCUGCAUGUGACCUCAUUUCCUGUGGUUUGCAACUCACAUGAUCUCACCUGAUGGUGACCUUAUGGCUCUUCUUGUCAGAUGGUGACCUCAUGGCUCUUCUUGUGGUGCGUGUGUCCGUGUGCACGUGUGUGUGUGCUGUUGUUGAGGGGAUAUUAGUCAUGCUAGGAAAGAGGUGCUCACUCGUAGGAAGUACAUUUGAGGUGACAAGGGUUCGCAAGCUAUUUUCUUUUCUUAACUUGCAUCAAGUUUUACAUUGUUGUUGUUGUUUUUUUUUUACAGAAAUGUCGAUUAUUUGUUGAAUUUGUAAAUAUAUCAUUUUGAAUGUACAGAGAAACACAGCUAGAAGAGCUUAAUUAAAGGGAUGGUUCACCUAAAUUACAAAAUUUGAUGACAACCUGAAAGGAAGAACUGCAUGAAAUAGUUUGAGAGAGCUGUGUUCAAUAUAGGCUACUAUAUAUAUAUAUAUAUAUAUAUAUGUGUGCAUUUUUUUCUUUUUUUUUUCUUUUUUCUUAGCUGUGAACAUUGUACUUUAUUGUAACUAACAGGACAAAUGUUGCCCAUGAGUUCAAAUUUGAGUUUUUUUCAUUUGUCAGCAAUUUAGUUGUGUAUUUCUGAAAUGUCACUUCUCUGUAUUAAAUGAAACCAUACAGUACUCAGUAAACAUUGAGAUUUAAUGUACUUUGGAGUGUUAGAUAAGUACUAUAAUGUACUAUAACAUUGUGGUUUUCUGCUUCAUGUGGGUUAUUCAGCACAAAGUCUGCCAAACUCAUCCACUUUGUGACAGUAUUGCAAAACGGUUGUAUUCUUAUUCAAAAACAGUUUCAAGGUUUUUACUAACAAUUUAUGUCUCUUUUCAUUUAUAUUUAAGUUUCUCCACUUAUUGCAAGAAUGAAGUGGAAAUAUAAUGAAUGAAUAAAAUAUAAUGAUCUGCUUUGA